AUGUCUCGUGUUUCCCGAAUCCCAAGUAACGGUUACGUGAAAGAGAAAGUCGUGUUGGAGCCGGAAAUGAAUUGCGAGGGUCACGUAAAACGAUCGCAGUCCGGACGUGAGCUCGAGGAAGCGAAUUUCUCUAAACUCUCGAUCUUGAAAAAGUGCCGAAGCGUGGAUGGAACUUCGAAAAAAGCAAAGAUCAACGAUGUUCGUAGACUGAAGACGCGGAGUUUAAAGGUGCCGCGGGUUCCCGAGAGAAUCGUCAAUAUAGUCAACAUUUUGCAGCACGAGAAAUUUCUGGAUAUGGUCGAUCAGUUCUUCAAGCCGAAUUCCAAGAAACUAUCGCGUAUCAAGAAACCACAAUCAAAGACAUCCGAUAUGAACAAAAGUCUUGAUUGUGGCACCGAAGUGCAUAUGUCCACCAUUUGUGAAAACACCUUAGACCGUGCUAAUCAUCGCUUUGCUCGCACAGAAUCAAAGUUUGCUCUCGGUGUCGUCGUAGAUGAUCGCCGGGUUCGAGGCAGCCCAUUUUUCCUUGAAUGCCAGUUCUUCCUUCUUGGGUCUGCUCUUCAACCUUUGGAUGCCAGCGUAGUGUUCCUCGAUUUCCUUCAAGGAUCUGCCCUCUGUUUCUGGGAGGAUGAAGUAGAGGAGAACGCCACCGGCGAAAUUGAUCAGGGCGUAAAAGAGAAAAGUUCCUGGCAUGGACAUUCCGUUGACCAUGUAGAGGUACACUUUGUUCGCGACGGAGUUGAAGACGUAGCCUAUGGAGCCAGCGAUUCCUGUUGCGCUGCUUCGUACCUGGGUCAAAGUUGA